CAAAUGCCACACGGACAUCACUACAAUCGGCUUUCUGUUUGAUAUGUUUCCACCGUGAAAUUACCGUUAGAUAUUAUCUCUACCGGUUCUGUGUGCGUGUCAUUACAUGCACUUCUUAAAUCAAUCGUUAACGGACACUCGGUGGCGGACAAAGCGGACCAAAAAACGGGGAGACAUUGGAACCCGGAGCUUUGGAACGUGAGAACCGCUACAUGCUACGUGUACAGUAAUAACAACCUGGAGGCCGGAGCGCUGGUUUUAAAAAACAUGGAUUAUUUUCUUAUUUUGACAUAAAUAAGCAGAUGAUUUCCAGCUGUAACGUGCCGGGGGGGUUUGGGUGGAGUUAGCAGAAAGUUAGAAUGGAAGACAAUGUGAAAAAAGAUGAAGCAUUAAUGUGAAAAACUACUUUUCCCUUUUUGAUUUUGAAGAGUUUUUUUAAUCUCGACGGAAAUCUGGGUUUUAAAAUGAUGUACUCAUCCAAAAGAAAGCCUGUCCUCUACUUCAAAGAGGAGAGAAGGUUCCUCUCCGGUAAAUGUACGGUUUACAAGCUGUUCGGGCUGUGCAUGGUGCUGCUGCUCGUCUCUCUGCUCUGGCUCCAGCUCAGCUGUUCGGGGGAAAUGUCCUCCCCGCUGCACGAGGAGCGCCGACCCCCCCCACAGCCCCCCUGCCCCCCCACCAACAGACAGGCGGAGGACGACCCCUCGUGGGGUCCUCACAAGCUGGCCCUCAUCGUGCCCUUCAGGGAGCGCUUCGACGAGCUGCUGGUGUUCGUGCCCUUCAUGCACGACUUCCUGAACAAGAAGAAGAUCCGCCAUAAGAUCCUCGUCAUCAACCAGGUGGACCACUACAGGUUUAACCGAGCGUCCCUGAUCAACGUGGGCUUCCUGGAGAGCGGCAACGACACAGAUUACCUGGCGAUGCACGACGUCGACCUGCUGCCGCUCAACGAGGCUCUGGAUUACGGGUUCCCCUCCGAGGGGCCGUUCCACGUGGCGUCGCCCGAGCUGCACCCCCUGUAUCACUACAAAACCUACGUGGGGGGGAUCCUCAUGCUCACCAAGAAACACUACCACAUG